CGCGAUGUUUUCUCCCGUUUUUUUCUUGAUGUUUUCUCCACCUACAUAUUUGACUCUACAUUUUUUCUUAUUCUUUUUCGUUGGUCAGUUUGGGGGGUUUCACUUUCAUUACUUACUUGCAUCAUCACUUGCGGUGAAUUAGGAGUGGUCGGAAAACUGGAGAUGUAAUGCUUGGGGGGCGGCCGGGAGGGGGAGGGGGAGUUGACACGAUUAGGAUAGAUUUGUGGCAUCUGUUAUUGUUUUCACGAUGUUUUUUUUUUACGUUUGGCCUGGGGGCCUUGACGUACUUUGAUCUGCUUUUCGUCAUUUUUUUCCCCUUUUAUUGCAUUUUCAUCUUACCACCCCCCCUUUUUACGUUUGGCCUGGAGGCCUUGACGUACUUUGAUCUGCUUUUCGUCCUUUUUUCUUCUUCCUUUAUCACAUUUACAUCUUCUUAUCCCCCUUUUUUCUCCUAUUCUUUCACGAUGUUUUUUUACGUUUGGCCUGGGGGCCUUGACGUACUUUGAUCUGCUUUUCGUUCUUUUUUUUUCCUUUUAUUACGUUU